AGAGGGAGGUUCAGGUUAAUUCUAGGGCACGCAUGCGGUGCAAAAAGUUUGUGGCAUGCCGCUCCUUUGCGCCUGCGCUGAAGGGAAUGAAAGAGGAACAGUCACAUCCUGCAGCUUCCUGGCUUUUCUUUCCUUCUCCUCCCACCCCUCUUCUGUUGCGCCUGCGUAUAAUGUUGCUGCAGGGGCCUUGCGGAAUAAUGAUCCUGGUGCAGCUGCGUAAGGGGGAAAGGAUUGGAAGACGGAGAGAUGCUGCCAAAUAGUGAGCUGUUUGAUAUUACAGGUGACAUCACUGUCUCUGGUGUGGGUAGCUCCCUGAUCCAUUUCCAUUUCUGUCUGCUAAUAUUCUAUGGACCCAGCUGACCAGGUGCAAUCUAGAUGUUAUCUUUAGAUGCCAAAAUGCUUUUCACCAACUUCAUUGGCAUUGCUGGAACAACUGUAUCUGGAAAUAGCAUUACAGAUGUUGCUGAAAUACAGCUACCCUCAUUCCUCAUCAUUAGCCAUGCUGGCUGGGCUUCUGGAAGUUCAGCAAUAAUUUGAAAAACACAGACUUUUCGUAAGUAUGCGAAUGGAGGAGCUGGGCUCACAUCUAAAAUGAAUGAAUCCAGCACACUUUUUUUCAUUCACCUUCUAACUGGAACAAAUAUCAGGGUGAAGAUUACAUAGCAUAUUUCUUUAAUCCGUGAAAUCCUAUCUGAUCUCCAAGCUGGCGAUGUCAAGGGUACCGAGUCCUCCUCCUCCGGCAGAGAUGUCAAGUGGACCUGUUGCUGAGAGCUGGUGUUACACUCAAAUUAAAGUGGUCAAAUUUUCCUACAUGUGGACCAUCAAUAACUUCAGCUUUUGUCGAGAGGAAAUGGGCGAGGUCAUCAAAAGUUCAACAUUUUCAUCAGGAGCUAAUGAUAAAUUGAAAUGGUGUUUGCGUGUGAACCCAAAGGGCUUGGAUGAAGAAAGUAAAGAUUAUCUUUCACUCUAUCUUUUACUGGUCAGUUGUCCAAAGAGCGAAGUCCGAGCCAAAUUCAAGUUCUCUAUUUUGAAUGCAAAAGGAGAAGAAACAAAAGCAAUGGAGAGCCAGAGAGCCUAUCGGUUUGUGCAAGGCAAAGAUUGGGGAUUCAAGAAGUUUAUUAGAAGAGAUUUUCUUCUGGAUGAGGCAAACGGGCUCCUUCCAGAUGACAAGCUCACUCUCUUCUGUGAGGUGAGUGUAGUACAGGACUCUGUCAAUAUCUCCGGCCAGAAUUCCAUGAACAUGGUGAAGGUACCUGAAUGCCGCUUGGCUGAUGAGUUGGGAGGCCUUUGGGAAAACUCUCGCUUCACAGACUGUUCCUUGUGUGUAGCAGGCCAGGAGUUUCAAGCUCACAAAGCCAUAUUAGCAGCCCGUUCUCCAGUUUUCAGUGCAAUGUUUGAACAUGAGAUGGAAGAGAGUAAAAAGAAUCGAGUAGAAAUCAAUGAUGUGGAACCUGAAGUUUUUAAAGAAAUGAUGUGCUUCAUUUAUACCGGGAAGGCACCUAAUCUUGACAAAAUGGCUGACGAUCUGCUUGCAGCUGCUGACAAGUAUGCUUUGGAACGUUUGAAAGUGAUGUGUGAGGAUGCUUUGUGCAGCAAUUUGUCAGUGGAGAAUGCAGCAGAGAUCCUAAUUCUGGCUGAUCUACACAGUGCUGACCAGCUAAAAACUCAGGCAGUUGACUUCAUAAACUACCAUGCUUCUGAUGUCAUGGAGACUGCAGGCUGGAAGUCGAUGGUAGUAUCUCACCCUCAUUUGGUAGCAGAGGCAUAUCGUUCACUGGCCUCUGCACAGUGCCCCUUUCUGGGACCCCCACGCACACGGCUGAAGCAAUCCUAAGGCUGGGUCCCCCACUGCACAACACUCUGUCUGUUUUUUUCGUAAAAAAAAAUUGAAGUAGCAACAGAAGCAGUUGCUUCUCCAAACUUGACCACCAGGUAGAUGAUGCAACCCGUGGAGCUUUUUACUUUGUUUUGGGUGGGUCAGGGUGGGUUGGGAGGAAGAGUGUUUUGGGACAUGCAGACUUCUAAAAACAGUAGCAAGUCAACUUUGGGGCAAAUAGGGGAGGGAUAUGCUUUGGGUAAAGGGGACUAUUCAACCUUCUGUUGCUGCAUUUUCUGUGUAUAUUCCUUUGAAUGGUUGAGUCAAGAACUUAAAAGUUGACCAGGCAUACAAUUCCACAAUCUUUAAUGGAAUUUAAAGUGAAAAAACCAAGAGGCUUCUUCAUCUGACAGCACAGAAGAAAUUGGCAUGCUUGGAGCAAAGAAGACAUUUUCCUUUGUUUGGGAAAUCAACUGGGAAAUGGGGGAAAUGAGUUAGCCAUGGCAAACCAAAUCCCUUGAAAGGAAGCAUCAGUGAAACAUUUUUGAAACAAGGACAGACCUUCCAACCCUACUGAGAUUUCUGCAUUUACCGUCCAACCGUGAUGAGACGAUUGCUGUGUCUUGUACAUGAAUUGGGAUGGGGAAAAAAGAAGCAAAUGAAUAAAUCUUGUCAAAAUGACAGCUUCUUAAAAGUUCUGAUGGAGGGACUGUUCCAGGAUACACUUUCUGGAAGACAGGGGUAGGAUGGAAACAGCCAUUAUCAGCUUUCAGGAACGAUUGGAGUUCCUCUUCACUUGGAAUGGAAUAUCCAAGAACAAUGGUUAAUUGUUUAGAUAUUGUGGGAGUUUUGUUCUCUUUUCCUUGCUUCAUUUUUUUUGUUCUCAACUCCUGUGAUUCCUUCUCCAAGCCCAAUUUUUUUUGUUUUGUUUUUAAAGAAAUUUAAUUGUUCAUGAAUACUCGUGUCAAAAGUUUCUUGUUCUGAGUUGCUAAAAAUAAGUGUUUGUAUUCAUCUACUGGUUUGUAGAAAUUUUGGUCCUGUUUCAUUUUAAGCCCAUUUUCUGUUACAGGUAAAAUGUUCCAAAAUUGUGGUAAA